UGUUUAUCAGUACUCAUCACAGUUCGGUAGGUGCCUGUACUCCCCCUUCUCGUCCCUCUUUCUCCAAUAAUCUUCAAAUUACUGGUAUCAAUCUCUGUUGUUGGAUAUCGAUCAUCCCCAUUUGAGAUUCGGGGAUGAAAGGGUCAAUCAAUAGCAGUACCAGUAGUAGCGAUGAAGCUGCGUGGGAAAUUAGACCCAGCGGCAUGCUUGUUCAGAAGAGAGAAUAUGAUGCUGCCUCUAAUCUCACUAUCACCAUCAAAGUAUCUUAUGCUUCUCAAGAUUUCGAUCUCCCUGUACCACCUGAAUUCACUUUUGGUGAAGUAAAAAGUAUCCUUUCCUCAAUAAUCGGUUUGGAGCCUAAGGUGCAAAAACUUCUUUUUCGUGGAAAAGAAAAAGAAGAUCAUGAAUAUCUGCACUUGGUUGGUGUGAAAGACAAUUCCAAAGUGUUAGUUAUGGAGGAAGAAAUGGUUGAGGACAAAAUUCCUGAAGAGGUUCGGGUUACCACUGAAAUAUCAAGAGGAGCUGAAGCUGUUGCUGAAGUGAGAACAGAAGUGGAUAAGCUCUCAGAGAAGGUCUCUGCUCUACAAGUAGUCGUGUUUGGUGGUACCAGUGUUGAGGACAAGGAUAUUAUCUCUUUGACAGAGAUGCUGAUGAGGCAGCUGCUGAAAUUGGACGGCAUUGAGGCUGAAGGAGAAGGGAAAGUACAAAGAAAGAUGGAGGUGCGUCGUGUCCAAAGCUUAGUAGAGACAAUGGAUGCAGUAAAAGCAAGAAAUUCCAAUCCCUUUAUCAACAACAGUAAUGCUGUGUCAGUGACUACUCAGUGGGAGACAUUUGAGUCGGGGGCUGGAAGCCUGAACGCCCCACCACCACCUAGACCUGUGCUUGGGGUUGAAAGCAUGGACACCCCACCUCCUAGACCUGUGUCUGGGGUUGGAGGACUGAACGCCCUAUCACCUCCUACACCUGUGCUUGUGGUCGGAGGACUGAACGGCUCACCUCCUCCUAGACCUGCGCUUGUGGUUGGAGGACUGAACGCCCCACCACCUCCUACACCUGCGCUUGUGGUUGGAGGACUGAAUGCCUCACCUCCUCCUAGACCUGCGCUUGGGGUUGGAAGACUGAACGCCCCACCACCUCCUACACCUGCGCUUGGGGUUGGAAGCAUGAAUGCCUCAUCUCCUAGACCUGCGCUUGGGGUUGGAAGCCUGAACGCCCAACCUCUUAGACCGUCUUCUACUAUAGUGACCGAGGACUGGGAACAAUUUGAAUAGAAUAGUCGUAUAAGUUUCCAUUUUAUGAUUUUUGAAAAAACAGAAAAUGCCAGUUAUUAGGCAAUACCGACCACUAUUACUUUGUUAUCUUCUGUCUAUCGUUACAGUUAAAUUUUGUGGUGACUGUAAGCUCAUGAUCAGACAAACAUAGAGGUUUAAUGAAAUGGUGUUGGUAAGUUACUUCUGUGUGUUAUAUAAGAUUAAAUCAAAGGUUAGUUCAGAA